AUGCCACGUGGGAGGCGGCGGAGCCGCCGUCGGCGCCGGGCCGGAACCGCGGCCCCCCUGACGCUGGGGACGGCCCUCGCCGGACGCCGGGAAGAGGGGAGGUCGCGGAGCCCCCGGGACCGCGCCGGAAUCGCUGAGACCCGAUGGGUGCUCGGCGCGGUGGCGCCCGGCUCGCGGCUCGGCCUCCCGGGCCUAGAGGCGCUGGCGGCGGCGGCCGGGCCUAGGGGAGGCUCCCCGCCCUGGGCGGCGCCCUCGCUGCUCCAGGUGCCGCCGGCGGCCCAGCCGGCCCCGCGACGGGAAGGCAGCGACCUGCCCGCCGGCGCGCCGGCCGCCUUGGCCGUGCUGCGCCUCCAGCCCGGCGCCGACGGCUCGGCGCGGGCGGCGGCGGCGGCAGCGGCCGCGGCAGCGGGGGCCGCGCCGCGCCUGCGGACUGUCUACGUAAACCCGCGCUGGCUGGAGCGGCAGGCCGCGCUGGGGGCAGCGGCGGCGGCGGCAGCAGCGGCCAGCCCCUGCGCUGAGGCAGCGGCGGCGGCGGCGGCGGCGAGCGGCGCGGCCGGGGGCCCGGCAGCGGCGGCCGCGGCGGCGGGGCAGGGAGAGGCGGCGCCGGCAGCGGAAGCGGCAGCAACCCCCUACGUGGGGCUGCGGCGGCCGCUGGGCUACCAGCUGGCCAAGGCCACAAAGGAGCGGAUCUGGCGGGGGGAGUUCAUUGACCUCUUUUCCUUGCUCCACACAGAGCUGGCCCCCGAGCACGGCCCGCGCCCGGGGGACACGCUGGACCAGUGGGUCUCGGCCUUCCUGGUGUAUGCCAGCGUGCUGUGCGAGAAGCACCCGGCGCGCUGCGGAGCCAUGUUCAAGUACCUGGACACCAUACGCAAGCUGCAUGCCACCUAUGGAGGUACCUCGUGGAUGAACUACGACGAGGACUUCCGGCGGCGGGCGGCCAAAGACCCCACUCUGCCCUGGGGCGACGUCGACCUCGACCUCUGGAUGAAGUGGAUGGCGCCGCUCAAGUCGCUUGUCAGCAGGCAGCCGCGUGCUGAGGGCGAGGCGCAGCCCUCGCCGACCCCGCAACCGCCGCCACCACCCCAGAGCCCCAAGCAGGAGGAGAAGAGCCAGGCUCCAUGAAAACAGAAGGCCAUUUGGGAUGGCAGUCAGACUUAAGUGGCCUGACUCCGUUGGUGUUUAAGUGGAGCUCUGGUAUUCUAGUGCAUUCUUUUACCUCUGCUUCUGUUGCGUUGCAAGCUGAGCUAGAGAAGACGUAGGAAAUUGAUUUUACCCAAUCAGCAAUUGUAACAAUGGACUACAAACCUGCAGAGCAAGCCAGUUUGCUGGAAAACAGGAAUUCCUGCAGCGCAGCACUUGUCACAGACUAUCCAAAGAGGGCAAAGAUUCAGGAAGGUGAAUAAAUUGAACAUUGGUGAAUGAGGUCAGGACCAGUCUCCUGGAGGAGAACCCUGCCCUAAAAUACUACUUUGAAAUUAUAAACCAAUUCCAUGCGCAGAUUAACCCUUGUCAUUUGAGCAAACUUGCGUGCAAUCCUGGAUCUUUGCAGAUCACAACUGGACACUUGGAAAACCUAUGUACUCUAUUUGUUUAAAAGAAAAAAAACAACAUAAAUUGUCUUGUUACAACUGUUACUUUUACCAUUUCAUUGAGAAUAUCUUCAACAAAUGUAUAUUUGACUUGAAAAAGUAUCAUACACUUGGUAUAAUAACUCAGGUUGUCAGCAGAAUUAUUCUGUGAGGCUCAGUAUCACCUCUCCAUUCUUCUAUUAAAAAAAAUGCAUUAACCAUUGCUGUCCUUGGCAGAAGUCAGUUACAGCCCAAUUAAACAUUACAAUUUUUUGGGAACAAAUAUAAUAAUAGACCUAAAUUAUUAUUCUGGCUUUAUCCUCUUAGAAUACUUAAGAUCCUGAGCAUCAGACUGGACCUUUAUAGUCUGGUGUUAAUAAAAAUCAUUCACUGGUUCACAGUUUAAUCAUUCUACAUCUUGGCAUUUUGUUUUCUUUUCCCUUACAUACUAGGAAGUAUGAUCAAGGUAAUAUUAUGAUCCAGUAACACGCAUGAUGGUAAGGGUAUGCCUUUAGUUGUUUCAGGAAAAGGCUGUCACUAUCUGCUCUCUUAACCUUUCUUGAUAGUUUCAAUAAUAUGAAUAACAUGAAGUGUUUGUAAAUUGUUAUUACACUGUUUGUGAAUUCACCUAAAUAAAUUUUUAUAUAUAAA